AUGGAUGAAAAGUCUAAGGCCUUCGGCAGAGCGGAGGACUCGAGGGCUGACGCCCGCGGCCGCAGCCCAGGGGAGGUUGCCAGGACCUCUGCCUCCAGCCCCGCGGGUUCCAGGGAGAGCGGCGCCGACAGCGACGGGCAGCCGGGGCUCGGAGAGACAGACCACUGCCGCCGCAUCCUGGUGCGAGAUGCCAAAGGGACCAUCCGGGAAAUUGUCCUACCCAAGGGCCUGGACCUGGACCGGCCCAAGCGGACCCGCACAUCCUUCACGGCUGAGCAGCUGUACCGCCUAGAGAUGGAGUUCCAGCGCUGCCAGUAUGUGGUGGGCCGGGAGCGCACUGAGCUGGCCCACCAGCUGAACCUCUCAGAGACCCAGGUGAAGGUCUGGUUCCAGAACCGACGCACCAAACAGAAGAAAGACCAGAGCAGAGACCUGGAGAAACAGGCGACCUCCUCGGCCUCCGAAGCCUUCGCCACCUCCAACAUCCUGCGGCUGCUGGAGCAGGGCCGGCUGCUGUCGGUGCCCAGGGCCCCCAGCCUCCUGGCACUGACACCUGGCCUGCCGGGCCUGCCUGCGGGCCACAGGGGCACCUCCUUGGUUGACCCCAGGAACUCCUCCCCACGCCUCAACCCGCUGGCCUCGGCCUCGACCUUGGCCUCGGCGUCCCCUCCGCUGCGGCCCCUGCCUCCUGCGCUCUGCUUUUCCGCUGCCCAGCUCCUGGACCUGCCUGCCGGCUAUGAACUGGGGUCCUCGGCCUUCGAGCCCUACAGCUCGCCCUACAGCCGGCUAGCGCGGAGAGAAGGCAGCCCUGGGGGCCCCAAGAAAGCUAACGCCUCAGCCUCCACCCCGAUGUGA